UCUCUGUCUCAUAAACGCGUGUUGUCCCGGUUUACCGGUCCAGUCGAAUCCCCGGUGAGCAGCGGAGCGCGGCUUGUCUCACAGAGCGCUGCCUCCCCGGACACGGCCAGGAGCAGAUGCGGAGCAGGAGGAGGACACGGCAGCUUCUUCGCAUCACAAUUCCACUGUUCUCCUUUAUUCCGUCUCUUCUUCGCGGGGACACCUCGUCGAGAACCAGCCGCUGUGGCUCGUGAGGCGUUAUAUAAAGCGAGUAACGGACCGAGAUGAGCGCGUACGUUCCGGCGUAGCGGCGCAACAACAGCCGCAUGUGUUUGGCUGGGCUCGGAGCUGGACAGACGACAGCAACCCUCGGAGCUGCGGGUGAAUCCGUUAGCUGAGUGUGUGUUUAUGUGUUUCUGGGGCUGAAUUCAUUCAAAUAGCGAGCAGCUAGCUUUUGCGCAGCGCAGCGGCGUGUUUCACUAUUGUGUGCGUUUGAUUUGAACCUAGCUAGGCGGCUAACGGGGACGCGCCGCUGCUGAUGAACGAAGCGGAAUGAUGAUGAUGAUGAUGACGAAGAAGCCUUCACCGCUCAGGCGCUAAUGGAUCAGAAUAACAGUCACAUCCCGGUUUAGGUUUGAAUUCCUCAUCAGAUCCAGCUUCAGACCCAGUGUGCGCUCGGACCCGGUGGGCCCUGCUGCCGUCAUUCAUAAAACUGUCCUCAACGCGAAGAAUGGGCCCAUCUAUUAAUUUGGACAACAAAGAAUUCGGCUCCCGGAGACUGUAAGCUGCUUAGAGAAGCUCGUUUUAGUGUUUUUAGGCGAGCUAGCUUGCUGCCCGGGCGGAUUAGUGUGGACUGCACCGCCCUCUGUCCCUCAACUGGACUAAUUUUUUUGAAUAUUCCACGUCCCUGUUGUGUGCACCGCGCCACGAUGAGCCCUCACACCGGGGACGCCGGCUCGGAAGUGGAGCCCAUGCCGGGAUACUUGGACCUCGUCGCCCGAGCCUCCUCCACCAUGCUGGGCGCGUGGAGGGACUGUAGCUCCUGCGGUCUGGAGCUCUCCAAGCGGACUCUCCUGGAUAACGCGUACAUUACCUGGAGCGAAAUCGCCCUGUUCUUCUUUUGCGCCUUUUUGUGGACGCAGGUCAGGCGGGGACUGACAGAAAGUCUGUUUCAGCCUUUAGCACAGUGGUGCAGGCUGCUGCCCAAAGAUGCUACCAAGAUGCCGGAGAGCGCGUGGAAGCUGGUCUUCUACACCAUGUCGUGGUCCUACACCACCUACCUGCUCUUCUUCAGCUCCUACUCCUUUUUCCACGACCCGCCCUCUGUCUUCUACAACUGGAAGAGCGGUAUGUCAGUGCCUACAGAUAUCGCCAUCGCCUACCUGAUCCAGGGCAGCUUCUACGGCCACUCCAUCUACGCCACAGUCUACAUGGACGCGUGGAGAAAGGACUCUUCCGUCAUGGUGGUGCACCACAUCAUCACACUGGCACUUAUCUGCUUCUCCUACGCCUUCAGAUAUCACAACGUGGGGAUCCUGGUGUUGUUCCUCCAUGACAUCAAUGACAUCCAGCUGGAGUUCACCAAGCUCAACAUCUACCUGAAGACCAGAGGUGGAGGCUAUCACCUGCUCAACGACAUCCUGUCCAACAUGGGCUCUGUCAGCUUCAGCAUCACUUGGUUCUGGUUCCGUCUCUACUGGUUCCCUCUCAAAGUGCUGUAUGCCACGUGUGUGUCCAGCCUCCAGUCUGUGCCCAACAUCCCCUUCUACUUCUUCUUCAACACUCUUCUCCUCACCCUGCUGCUCAUGAACAUCUACUGGUUCUUGUUCAUCGUUGUGUUCGUGGUGAAGGUAUUAAAGGUGAAGGAGGUAAAUGAUGUCAGGGAGUAUGAGGAAGAGGACGGCAGCAAGGCGGCUGCAGCGGCAGGUCCUCACAGCGACCCUCAGGCAGCAAACAACGAUGCUGAUGAUGCUGGACAUCACAACUCUGCCCAGGGGAAGCACGUGCAGAACGGGGUCACCAAAGAGAAGCAUCUAUAAUGGGCUCUCUGUCGCCACCACCUGGAACUAGGCUACAAGUACAACCAAGACGCCCUCUGUGGGACGGCUCCCACUCAAAUCGCAGCUCCUGAAGGGAAGAGGGAAGGAGAAGACCAAGUCAGGGCGCAUUGAGUUUUUUUUUAAUUUAAUUUUUAUCGGUUUUAGAACAUUUGACUUCAUCACUGUUUAGUUUUUGGUCUUGUUUUUUUUUUUAUUAGAGCACUAUGAAUGUCGUUUCAGGUGACUUUCUGUGUUAUUGUUGCUAACUUAACAUUCACUAGAUUCAGUAGAAACCAACCGGUGUGAGCUAGGCUGUGAUUGUAGUACAGGGUCAUCUGAACUGUUAUUACCAUGAUCAGCACGGCAGCACAAAGCCCAGGUAAAGGAUUAGUCCUGUUGUGGGUCUGUAGUCCUGUUGUGGGUCUGUAGACCUGUAGUCACCUGUAGUAACCCCCACAGAUAAGAGACCCGCUGACCCCGUCGGGCUGAGACGUGUUUGCCGUCACUUCCUUUCCUCCUCCUCCCUCUUCUGACUCCGUCCUCCCUCUUUCUCUGUCUAAAGGAGAAGAGGCUAAAAAAAAAAACCCAACCAGAGGGAAACAUCACAUUCUCAUGGGAGCUGUCUUUAUGUCGGCUGUGAUGCUGGAGAGCUUGUCCGGUGCUGUUACACCACAUGUAUUGAUUUCUCAUAUCAUUGCACAAGUCAGUGGUGGCGACGGCACAGCUCUGCUCCCCCUCCCUGCAUCCAUUAGUGUGAAUGGAAAAGCCACAUAGAUGUGUGGGUGGGUGGGUGUGUGUGUGUGUGUGUGUGUGGGUGGGUGGGUGGGUGUGUGUGUGUGUUUCAGGAUGCGGAGGAGCAGCCGAGUCUUUUAAAUCCACAACAUUUCACCUCUCAGUUUGUCUCUUGUACUGAUGAUCAACAAUCGAUGGGAAUAUUUACUCGUUCAUUCCUGUACAGAAGGAAAAAAAAACCUUUUAUUAUUAUUUUUAUUUCCUCGUCUUUCCCCCAGCGUAUCUGCUGCUGCACUGACAUGAAGGCAUUCAAGCUGAACGCUGCUUUAAUGACAGCCAAUUGCUGGAAUUGAUUGACUGGGUCUUAAGUGUCACCCUCAUGGUUUUUAAUUUGUGGAAUUGAAUCACGCUCCAACCGGUUCACAUCGAUCGGGGGGGUCCGAGGACAUAGGGAACAACAGCCCAGAACUUGUUUUUAAGAUAAAUUAUGAAAUAAAACGUCAUGUAUGCACACGUUAUGGUAUUUAGGAAUGCAUGAUAUCGGAAUGAUUUAAAAAAAAAAUUGCUAUGAAAUUGUCUUACAAACGAACAUUGAAGAAAAAAAAAAUCAUCUAACUGUGUAAUCAAAUGUCUUUAUAAGUGUCUGAAAUUCUUCCUGAACGGUGAGCAGCCGCGACCACUGAACACACGUGACGUCGGCAGACCCACAAAGAAACCUUCGUCCGGCAUUGAAAUGUGAAUCUUUGAGCUAAAUCCUGCACACGGGAGGAUGUUUGAUGCCUUCGAACACGUUGAAGUGAAGUGAAAGGGAACUAUUUCAUUUUGACCGUCCUCUGUGGGUCCCGCUGCUCUACCCCACGUGUGUUCAGUGGGAGCAGCUGCUGCACCUGUAGAAAAUAAGGGAUAUUUCUACUCUUCUUACCUUCUCGAUCAAAUUCAAGCUCUUGUUUGGAUGAACAGCUGCUUGUGCUGCUGGAUCAGGCCGCAGAUGUCGUCUGUCCGAAAGCGUCCGUCCUUUUUUUUCUUCUUUUUUUUCCCGGUUUAUCUGUUCGUCUUCCACAAUUCUCCCCUCGGCUAUUUGAGGUGUUGAAACAAGUUUUUCAGCUGUCACUAUUAUUAUUAUUAUUAUUAUUAUUAUUGUCGCUGUAGUUCAGGUUAUACUUGUUGAUUUAUUUUUGGAAUUGCUGCUGUUUUAAUUUGUUUCUCUGAGAGCACUGUCUGUAAUCCAGUUGUUGUUUUUCUGCUGUGUCAGUGACGUUCUGCUCAGAUCAGAUCAUUUCCAGGGACCAGGGAGACGUUCAUCAUACACAACAAACACCUGGAUUUAGUUUCACAAUCUCGUCUUUUUUAAUCGAAAUGCUGGCUCACACUCAUUUUACUGUAGUCAUUACACAUGUGUACUGUAAGGGACAUGCUUUAUCAGACAUGUCGCUGCGUGUGUAAUAUAUCAGACACUCGGUGUCCGACUGGUUUUUACCGGCGUGGUGUUCCGACAGGAAGUGACCUCCGGCGUCCUGCCUGCUCAACUGUGAGACUAGAGUAUGAUAGUUUGUUGAUUUAUUGUUUUGGUUAUUAUGUGAUAGCGGAUGACGGACGGGUGGGAUGACGCCCACAGAGGCCUGUGAUCUGGACUAGGUGCAUCUGGUCUGGUACUAAGUGCAGAAGGUGCCUCUUCAGUUUCUCCACCGCUCUUCCGCUGUGUCAAACUACAAACAGUGCUGUGACGUGUGAGCGAUGAGGGGUGGGCGAUAUGAUGACUUACCUAUUCACCACCACCUAAAUCUGGGAUUUAGUUUUAUCAUUAAUAUCCUGCUAACUGUACUCUAAACAUCUCUGGGUGUAUUCAGAACAAUAUUUUGAAUCUAUUACAUGUUUUCUGGCAAAAAAACUGUUUUAAUUCAUUUUUUAAAAAUUUACUUUGUUCCUUCGCGAGAUGAUUUUCUGACACACCUGUAUACGAGCUGUGAUAUCACCCUGUGUAUAAAUGUCAGCACAUGAAAUGACGUAUAUUCUGAUGAGGGUUUUACCCAUAUUGCCCACUCCUGACUGCUGCACCCACAACUGAUGGAACUGUCCAAAACUGAAUGAAGAUUGAGAGAAAGUCACUUUAUUUUUCCUUUCUGAUCUGAUUUGGCUGAUUCUUGUUUCAAUGUUUGAUACAACAUUGGCUCACACUUCACUUACACAUCUUUGGUUUACGCUGUUGGACACAUGUCGCCUGUGAAGCUCAGUUCUGUCAGACUACUCACGUGGGACAGAUUUAACAGUCCCCUUAAAUUCAAUCACCAAAGUACUCACUCACGGACAUCAAUUCCCUUAAGGCAUUGUGUUUUCAGGUUGAGACAAUGCACGUACGUGAACAGCGUGUGGAAGUGAAAUCAAAGAUGAACCGAUUAGAUUCGAGUGGUCAAAGGUCACUGUGAUCUUAUGUGUGUGGAAAAAACUGUAUGUAGACAAACUGCACUGUUUGGAGGAGGGAUACAGCCACAGCACGCUAAUUUACGUUUCGUCAAAAUCGAUGCAGUUUCCUGGGAAAUUGGUGAAAGCAUCAACAACAAAAAAAAGGAUCCGCUCCAAAAUUUAAUGGCUUUCUUUUGGCCAACGUCCAAUCACUCCAUCUACUUUCCUGGAAAUCCGCUCAGUAGUUAUUAAGAAUUCUGCUGACAAACCGAGAGGGGUGAAAACAACCUCCUCAGGUCUGCAGCACGUUUGAGAUGCAGCUGGAGUCUCGGCUCCGACCUUCCUCCAACAUCAGCACAGGGAAGAUCAGUGGGGACAGACCUAAGGCAGCAGCUCUGACAGAGACACUGUAUCAUAGAGGCUGUGUUGGGUGUUUUUGUAGUAAAUGUAACGGGAGCUGUCUGAACUGACUCACAGGCGUCAUGUCAUCACGACACAAAGCAUCUGCAUGAUUGUGCCAAAUCGUCCCCCUAAAUAACGAGGCGAGUGUUUGUGGGAGCUGGUGACGAGCGAAGAGGAAAAGCUUGUAGAGAGCGGCGGUCUGCAGAAAAGCCCUGCAGGUGGUUCUUAUAAAUUGCACUGUAAUUUAUUAGUAUUGUUUUUAUUGUUCAUUAGUAGAGCUAAAUUAGAAAAAAAAGGGAAGGGGGGAAUUUGGGAUUUUUUUUUAAAGGAAUUUCUGGUUUGAAUCAGAAUUUAAAUCAAUCAAGUGUAUUUUAAUUAUUUCAACAAAAGUGUAAACUAUGAAUUGCCCCGUUUGUUUUUUUCCCAACUGUUCUACAAAUCUGAUCACUUUCUAAAAUCUGACCACUUGAUGAAGACUUGCUCUUUUGUAAUACAGUUUUAAUACCAUUCAAGAAAAUGUUUUACUUUCACUUUUGCUCCUCUCCCAUAAAAUAAAACGUGUCAUUAAAACAAGGA